AUGUAUUCGGGGGGUUCCGGGAGUUACGGGGGAGCGAAUGGCUAUGGAGGUCCUGGAGGCUAUGGCUCCGGUGGAUAUGGGGGAGGUGGAUAUGGUGGAUAUGGUGGUUAUGGAGGCUAUGGAAGAGAAGAGCUCGGAGCAAAAUUGUCUAGAGUAGACUGGCAGAGAGUUGAGCUUGUUCCUUUUGAGAAAAACUUUUAUGUAGAACACCCGGAGAUUGCACAAAUGCCUCCUGAAGAAGCAGAUAGAAUUCGUACUGAUCAUGAAAUCACCAUCAUUGCAGGAGUUAAUGUCCCCAAGCCCUGCCCCACCUUUGAACAUACUUCUUUUCCGUCCUAUCUACUCGACGCCAUCUCCGCCGCAGGCUUCCAGAAGCCAACCCCUAUUCAACUUCAAGGGUGGCCAAUUGCAUUAUCUGGAAGAGAUAUGAUUGGUAUUGCAGAAACGGGUUCAGGGAAGACGUUGGCAUUUUUACUUCCAGCAAUUGUACAUAUCAAUGCGCAGCCUUACUUGCGGUGA